AUGAAUAACGAGAAUAAUAAUCGUCGAAAACGUCGAAUGUCUUCAACAAUGACAAUUACAAGUAAUAAAUUAACAUCAAAUGUAAAAUGGACUAAACCCCGUUAUUUAGCCAACCAACGUGAACGUGAUCGGACACAUUCAGUGAAUUCAGCAUUUGUUGAACUACGACAUCUUAUUCCAACUGAACCAGCUGAUAGAAAAUUAUCAAAAAUUGAAACACUUCGACUUGCUGUUAGUUAUAUCAAUCAUCUUCAUUCUGUACUUACAUUACCUAAUAUAACACAAAAUCAUUGUGCUUUUAUUAAAAUGAAAAAUCAUGACAAUAAUCAUAAUGAUGAUGAUGAUGAAGAUGGCGAACAACAUUUAUGCACUUUUUGUGUUAAUCAUUCAUCAUUAUCAGCUUAA